AGUGUAGUAUAGUUUUCAUUUUCUAGAGAGAGAGAGAAAUUGUUUUGUAAUAGAGAGAGAAGCGGUUUGGGCGUCCCUCUUAUCAAGAAUUCAAGAUUCAAGAGGGAAGAGAGAGCCAGAAUUCUUGCGUCUCUCCCCAAUUCAAACCCUUGAAACCCUCGGAAAGAGAAGCCUCUCGCUGCUGCUUACAAUUCAUACCCUUCUCUGCAACCUACAAGAAGCAAGCAUUUCUCUCUUUCUCUCUCUAAAACACGCAUUUGUAGUUACUUGAGGAGUAAUACAGGUUCGCACUCAAUCACGCUUGUACCAUGAUGUACCUCAUUCUCCUCCUCUUCUGCCUCCUCAAACCUCCCCUCCUCAUUGAAGCCUCACCAGGUAAAGGUGGCGGAAGAACUAAACCCCUGUACGUCCAACUAGCCCUCAACGCCACCGAAUUCCCGGCCGAAGAUGAGUACGACUACAUCGUUGUCGGUGGAGGCACCGCCGGCUGCCCCCUCGCCGCCACCCUCUCCGCCAAUCCCAACUCUUUGCGCGUCCUCCUCUUGGAGCGAGGGUCCGACCCCCUCUCCUACCCAGCUCUCUCCUCACCUCGUGGCUUCUUCUCCACCCUCAAUGAGGACAACUCGCCCGACUCGCCCGCCCAGCGCUUCGAGUCAGAGGACGGCGUCCCGAACGCACGGGGACGAGUUCUGGGCGGGAGCAGCGCCAUCAACGCUGGUUUCUACACACGGGCCGAACCGGACUUCUUCGCUCCCGGGAAGCCCGGUUACUGGGACAUGGGACUCGUGAACCGGUCGUACCAGUGGGUGGAGCGGGCGGUCUUGUUCCAGCCGAGGCUGACGACGUGGCAGGCGGACUUCAGGGACGCAUUGCUGGAGGCCAAUGUUACGCCGUUCAAUGGGUUUAGAUUGGACCACGUGGAGGGCACGAAGAUCGGAGGGUCCACGUUCGACGGGACGCGGAGGAGGCAUAGUGCGGCGGACCUGUUGAAUUACGCCAGGCCGGAGAAUAUUCACGUUGCGCUGCACGCCACUGUGGAGAAGGUGCUCUUCACCUCUGUUCAGGGCACUGGUGUGCCUCGACCCACUGCCAUUGGCGUGGUGUAUGCGGAUCUCCAAGGGCGGCCCCACCACGCCAUGCUCCUGCCGCGGGGCGAGGUCAUCCUUUCAGCCGGUGCCAUCGGCAGCCCCCAACUGUUGAUGUUGAGCGGCAUUGGUUCAAACCGCAGCCUCAUCAGAUGGGGCAUCCCGGUCGCCCACCACCUACCCGCUGUCGGCAACACCAUGCGCGACAACCCCCGGAAUGCUCUCUCCUUCGUCUCUCCUGUCCGCCUCCCACUCUCCCUCAUCCAGGUUGUUGCCAUCACCCCCAAUGUCUUUCUAGAAGCUGCCUCCAACCUCCUCCCAUUCAGUCCCCGCUCUCGUUCCUUAUUUCUUUCUCCUCGGUAUUCCUCUAUCCCACUCAACAUUGCUUCCCUUAUGGCAAAAAUUCCUGGCCCCCUGUCGAGCGGUUCCUUACGCCUGGCCUCCUCAAAUGUCCGCGACAAUCCAUUGGUGAGGUUCAAUUAUUUUGACGAGGGGUUGGAUUUGCAAAGGUGCAUGGAAGGGGUGAGGUUGGUGGCCAGGGUUCUUGGGACGAGUGCAAUGGACCAGUUCAAGUUCCCAGGGCGGCAUUUUGGGGAGAGAGAGUUCUGGUACUUGGAUGAUGUGCGGUUGCCGGCCAAUUUGAGCAACGACGAUGCAGUGGCUGAGUUCUGCCACAGAACGGUGUCGACGAUAUGGCAUUACCACGGGGGCUGCGUUAUGGGGGAGGUGGUGGACACUCAGUAUCGGGUCUUUGGGGUGCAGGCCCUCAGGGUCGUCGAUGGCUCCACCUUCUCGCAUUCGCCCGGGACCAAUCCUCAGGCCACGGUCAUGAUGCUUGGCCGGUACGUGGGAGUGAAGAUGUUGGAGGAGCGAAGGGCCAGUGACAGAGACACAAAGAUCAGAGCGUGAGCGAUGAGUUUUUAGCGAGAGAGUUGACGGCGUUUGAGGUGGUUGGACUUAUAUGAGGAAUCUGGUAAUGAAAAGAAAAUGCCAUUUUCAGCGUCUUUUUUUUAUUUCUUUGCUUUUUCUUUUUUUCCGCAAUAGAUAGGUGCCAUUGUAUUAGCUUACUAUUAUAGUGACACAUUCUUUGAUAGAAUAAUAAAGAUAUCACACUUUUUUCCUUCUUUUU